GCAACGAGGUAAAUCAGUGCAUUGCAUUUAACCUCUUCCCAAGGUUUGCUGUCAAAUCAAUUGACUUAGCGCAGCAUGAACAUCGUCGUGGCUCUGGCCGCGGUGCUGUGCGCGGCCGUCGGGCUGAGUCACGGCUCGCGAGUGAAGUUGAUCGACAACGGCUACGAGGGUUUGGUCAUCGCCAUCAACCCCGCCGUGCCGGAGGACCCCCUACUCGUCGACGCCAUCAAGGAUAUGGUCAGUGAUGCCUCUGCCUACCUGUUCAAGGCAACGCACCGCCUGGCGUAUUUCAAACACGUCAGCAUUCUAAUUCCAUCUUCCUGGAGCUCACAAUCAAACUACACACGACCCAAACACGAGUCCUAUGGCAAGGCGGAGGUGCGUAUCGCCUCUCUGGACGACCCCGAGGAUGACUCGCCGUACACUCACCAGUACGGGCUGUGCGGGGACCCCGGCCAGUACAUUCAGCUCACCCCCAACUUCCUCCUGGAUGACAAAAACCUGGACGCGUACGGCCCACGAGGAAGGGCCUUCGUCCACGAGUGGGGGCACCUCCGAUGGGGCCUCUUCGACGAAUAUAAUGAAGAUGAGCCCUUCUACGUGCACGACAAUAAUGUCGAGUUCACAAGGUGCUCCAGAGGCGUGACAGGCGGCACUGGAGUAGUGAGCUGCAGCUCUAUUGGCUCUUGCAAAGUGCGAGAGUGCAAGGUCGGAAUUAACGGACUGCCUGAACAGGGCUGCAUGUUCUUCCCCGACAAUGUUCAGAAGGCACGGGAGUCCAUCAUGGCCCUACAAUGGCUUGACAACGUGGAAGAAUUCUGCACGGUCAGCUCGCACAACAGAAAUGCUCCGAAUCUGCAAAACCGACUGUGCAGCUCAAGCAGUGCCUGGGACAUCAUGGGGAAGCAUGAAGAUUUUAAUAAUAACGAACCACCCCCCGCUGACGUGCCCACACAGCCGACAUUCAGCCUCCUGCGGCCAUCCCACCGAGUCAUCACGCUUGUUCUGGAUAAAUCGGGCAGCAUGAGUGGGGGAAGUCGUUUGCAGAGACUGCGGCAGGCGGCCGACAUAUUCAUCAUGCAGAUUUUGGAGGAAGGAGCCAUGGUUGGAAUUGUCACUUUUGACAGUUCAGCCCAAACCAAAUGUGGGUUAACACGAAUUACGGACACUGGAAGCCGGGUGGCACUAAAGUCUUGCUUGCCCACAGGUGCAGGGGGCGGAACAAAUAUAUGCGCAGGUGUUUCAAAAGGGUUUCAGGUUUUGUCUGCAGAUGACGGCAGUGCCUCCGGAGAUGAAAUUGUCUUAAUGACCGAUGGCGAGGAUGGUGGCAUCAGUUCUUGCUUUGAAGCCGUUCGCACCAGUGGAUGCACCAUUCACACCAUUGCCUUGGGACCAAGUGCAGUUCAAGAACUCGAGAAGCUCGCAGAAUUAUCGGGUGGUUUGAACUUCUUUGCAAGUGAUAACGUGGACGGCAAUGCUCUUGUGGAUGCGUUCACAUCCAUCACUACAGACAGCGGAGACUCAGAUGCUUUGGUCAUACAGCUGGAGAGCACCGGUAAAGUUCUCAUCAGCAAUCAGUGGAUGGAUGGAGACGUCAACAUCGAUGCCUCCAUUGGGAACAACACGCAAUUCGUGGUCACCUGGCAGUCAAGUGUCCCAGAGAUGCACAUUACUGAUCCAAAUAAUGUUACCUACCAAAACGGAGACUUUGUCAUUGACGGAACAUUCAAAACUGCAAGGCUGACCAUUCCAGGAAGAGCUAUGGCUGGGACGUGGAAAUACUGGCUAGUCAAUAAAGCUCCUAGCACGGACACCCUUACCCUGACGGUCACCAGCAUGGCGUCCAACAAGGGGGCGCCUCCCAUCACGGUGGAGGCACACAUGCGGUCCUCCAGCGGCAUCUCUUUGAGCGCCGUGACCAUUUACGCCGAGGUGAAGCGUGGAACCACGCCUGUUGUCGGCGCAAACGUCACCGCUCUGAUCGAGAGACCUGGCAGCGCAACGCUCGAGAUUGAGCUGCUGGACAACGGCGCGAGUGCCGACAUAAAGAAGGACGACGGAGUGUACUCCAGAUACUUCACCCAAUACACGUCGAGUGGCCGCUACAGCCUGAAGGUCAGAGUGGCAGGAAGUAAAGGGACAACGAGGCUGGCUCCACGCAGAGGCUCCAAGGCCAUCUUCAUUCCGGGCUUUCGAAACGAGAAAGGGGAGCUGGAGGUAACGCAGGUGCCAGCCCCGGCGGGUGGGCAGGUGCUGGUGCCGAGCGAGGACUUCAGCCGAGUGGCAUCGGGAGGCUCCUUCCAGGCGACGGUGCCGCCGGACGGGCCCCGGGACAUCUACCCUCCGUGCCGCGUGCUGGACCUGAUGGCCGAGUUGCUGGCGCCGGGCAUCGUCAGCCUGGCUUGGACGGCGCCUGGGGACGACGCCGACUUUGGCCAAGCUUCAAAAUAUGAGAUCAUCACGAGCGACAGCAUUGAAGGCUUGCUGAAUAGCACAGAGGAAAUGAUCGUGCCUGAAGACAACGUCACACUGGGAAACACAAGUGACCCGGCGGUCGCGGGUUCCACUGAAACAUUUUCCAUCUCCAUAGCUGAGCUCCAGCCAGGAAACAGCCUCUAUUUCUCUGUACGAGCCAUCGACAAGAACAACAACAAAGGAGAGAACUCCAACGUGGCGUCCGUAGCACCUGCGUUGAUUGUUGACCAAAACAAGGCACCCAACCGUAGUGGUCCACCAACAAUAUAUAAACCCGCAUGCACAGUGUACUUUAUGAUAACCAUCAUUACUCUAAUAGUGUCAGUGUUCCCUACAUCUUAAACAGCCUGUGAUCUGUUACAGACAAUAAUGAUGAGGAUGAGAAAAGGUGGUCAGAAAAUACCAGUUUUCUUUUUGUAACAGCUAAAUGCAUAAUUAGUUUUAGAUUUUUUUUGGAAGAAAUAUAUGAAUGCUAGCUUUUGACAAAAAGUGCCAUGCAGCUUGUGUUUAUAAAUCAUUGAUUUUACAUUUGAUUAAGAUAAUUUUUUAAUGUUGUAAGCAAUUAAGACAAUUUAAUUGCAACGACAAUACCAUGAUGUUGUAAAUUGGAUUAUUUUGGACAAUAAAACUUGUGAAUUUUCACUCUUGUUUCCCUCAUAAUUUAUUCUAGAAUGGUUUAAAAAGUAUUGUUUACUGUUUUGCUAAAUGUUGUCUAGAUUAUGACUGAUUAC